CCUUUAUUUCUAAACUCAGAAUACGAAAUAUUUGUCAGGUAUAGAAUUGGGAUUUUAGGGUUUUGUACGAAGAUGAUAGAGGUGGUGUUGAACGAUCGAUUGGGGAAGAAGGUUCGUGUGAAGUGCAACGACGAUGACACAAUUGGAGAUUUGAAGAAGCUGGUUGCGGCACAGACGGGCACGAGAGCCGACAAAAUCCGAAUCCAAAAGUGGUACACCAUUUACAAAGAUCACAUCACUCUCAAGGAUUACGAGAUUCACGAUGGCAUGGGUCUCGAACUCUACUACAAUUAAACUUCAAGGCAUGUUUUAUUUGGGAUGAAUAUGUCAUUUGGAAUGGCCAAAAGAUCCACUGGAUUGUAAUAAUGUACCUCCUAUAAUGAUAUUGGGUUUAAUUUACUAUUGGAACAACCAGUUGUGACCUAUAUAUAUAUAUGUAAUAUACAGACUUAUCUGAGUUGUUCCUUGCUUCAUAUGUACGUAGCAUUUAUCUGCUCUAUUCAAUCUAGUGCGUGAAGCCUUUGAUGACUCAGUUUCAUUUGAAUUAAUGUCAAUGGUAUAAUUUAGGUUUUCUUUAA